CACGCAUCUAACAAGCUUUUGAGGGCCUUGUAUUUGGCAUCCUUGUCGACUCGAUAUCUUGCCAUAUCUUCCCACAACUCCCCACUUCACACCGCCACGUCUAUAAGGCGGGCGGGCUGGUUUCAUUGCGGGGAAAAACGAAGAGCACGGGUUGCGAACGACCCUUUAAUCCUGCUUGCUGGAAAACAUCACCAUUCCUGCUUUUUCUCAGCGGCCACACUCGCUCGUUUUGUUGUGCCCUUGACGCCCUGCAAACACGACAACAUCAACAAUGUUGACGACGCCCGACGUCCCUACGCGUCGCCCGACGUACCCCCUCGCCCAUGCCUUUCGCCGCAAACCCCGCCGUAUCCCACUUGUGCUGCGCUUCUCCAAGGGCGCGGUGCACGAUAUCAUUCUCUUGCCCGUGAUCCUGCACUCGCUCUUUACCGUCCUCAUCGUGUACAUCGACACCCGCUAUGUCGACUCAAUCAGCAUCCCGUCGACCAUCAUCCCCUCGCUCUCCAUAGUCGUGGGUCUGAUGCUCGUGUUCCGCAACAGCACAAGCUACGACCGCUUCUGGACGGGACGAAACUGUCUGACGACCAUCAACACCGCCGUACGCAACCUCGCAAGAAUCUCCUUAGUCAACUCGCGCGACAAGGACGGCUACGCCACUGAAGAGCAGCGUCGAGACACCGAACGCAUCGUCCGCGUCCUCAUCGCCGUCUUAUACUCAAUCAAACACAACCUCCGCGCCGAAUUCAACAUCCCCCCCGCCAGCCUCGCCGCCUUCCCUGCCCAACCUACCUCCUACUCCCAGCGCUCCCGCCCCGUCUCCCGGCGCCCCAGCUACAUCGACCGCACCGCCUCCUCCAGCGCCGCCCAAAGCACCUCCACCACACCCCUCCUCGGCCAAUCCACCCUCAUCCUCGAAACCGGCGACGCCGGCAUCGUACACACCAAGAAGGACGAAUACGUCUCUCUCCUCCCGGACGGCCUCAUGGGCUACGAAGACCAAGGCCUCGGUCUCCCGCUUCAACUCACCAUCCUAAUCGAAGGCUACAUCCGCCGCGGCGCCGACCGCGGCUGGUUCAACGCGCCGCUCUCCUCUCAAAUGAGCGUGCAGAUUAACUCGUUGGUUGAUGCCUACGGCCGCAUGGAAACGAUCCGCUCGACCCCGAUCCCCGUCGCGCAUCUCAUUCACCAAAAGCAAGUCCUCGCUCUAUACGCGUGCGUGCUGCCAUUUGCAAUCGUCGACGAUUACAGGUGGUGGAGCGUCCUUGUUGUCGCCAUUGUCACGUUUACGCUCUAUGGCAUUGAGGGCAUCGGCGUGCAGUUGGAGGACCCGUUUGGGUAUGAUAAGAAUGAUAUCAAGAUGGAUGGCAUUAUUGAGGAUACGAGACAAGAGAUUAUGGUGCUGCUGGAUGAGUGGAAGGCGAGUCAUGAGGGGAGGGCUAUGGGCGGCAUGUUUGAGAAUGAUGCGUAUUACUAGGGGGUGAUUGUGAGAUUUGCGGGGAAUGUGGGCUAAUGACGGAUAUAUGCGGGGGGUGGGUUGGUGAGGGGAUGAGUAAUGAUUUUUAUUUCUUGGAUAACGUUGACGAAUGGAUAGGAUUAUGAAAACGAUAAUAGUAAAAUGGUUUCCGAGUUUUGUGUCAUAGAAUACCAUUUGUUAUUUUCGACUUCCCAGUAUUGAACAUCCGCUGAAACGUUUUGCGAGUGUUUGUAACUACUUGUUGUGAUGACACCAUUUAUCGUUUUUGACUUCCUAGUCUUAACAAUCUGCAGAAUUGUUUUCCAAGCAUUGUUUUAUGAAAUACC